AGGUCCAAGGCCUGCUGUGUUUCUGCAGCAUGGUUUGCUUGCAGAUGCCAGCAACUGGAUCACAAACUUGGAUUACAACAGCCUUGGCUUUAUGCUGGCAGAUGCUGGCUAUGAUGUAUGGCUGGGAAACAGCAGAGGGAACACCUGGUCCAGGAAACACACACACUUUACAGUGAAGCAGGAAGAAUUCUGGAUUUUCAGCUUUGAUGAAAUGGCUAAGUAUGACAUUCCAGCCUCAGUGGACUUUAUUUUGAAGAAAACUGGCCAGGAACAAGUAUUUUACGUUGGUCAUUCACAGGGCACCACAAUGGCUUUUGUUGCUUUUUCAACUUUGCCACAGCUGGCUAAGAAAAUCAAAAUGUUCUUUGCCUUGGCACCAGUAGCUACAGUCAAGUUUGCCACUAGCCCUCUGGUAAAAUUGGGAUUGUUUCCUGACAUGCUGCUCAAGGACAUGUUUGGAAAGAAACAAUUCCUCCCUCAGAAUUCCUUGCUGAAGUGGCUUGCUACCCAUGUUUGUACCCACAGAAUACUUGAUGACCUUUGUGGCAACUUAUUCUUUCUUCUAUGCGGUUUUAAUGAGAGAAACUUGAAUAUGAGCCGAGUGGAUGUGUAUUCAACACACUGCCCUGCGGGAACAUCUGUACAAAACAUGAUCCACUGGAGCCAGGCUGUGAGGACUGGGGAACUCAAAGCUUACGACUGGGGAAGCAAAGCUGCAAAUAUGGCUCACUAUAACCAGUCUACUCCCCCUUUCUACAAAAUAAAAGAGAUGACUGUACCAACUGCAGUGUGGACUGGUGGACAGGACUGGCUGGCAGACCCAAAGGAUGUUGCUAUGCUGCUUACUCAGAUCACCAAUUUGGUUUACCACAAAAACAUUCCAGAGUGGGAACAUUUGGAUUUCAUUUGGGGCCUGGAUGCACCUUACCGCAUGUAUAAUGAAAUAAUUAACAUGAUUAGGAAGUUAUCUCUAAACUGACAUGGUAUUUCAGAGUAUUGGUUCACCAGGAAUUUGUCAGUUUUUGGAAAUUAUGCUUUUCUGGCAAUAAUGCUACAUUGCUUAGGAUGAUGCAUUUUUAAAAUGCCAGCAAUGACUACUGAGUUGGAUUCAUAUUUGGUUGUUUUUUCUCAGUAUUAUUUCUCUCUCUUCACAGUAUUUUGCCGAUUUUGCACACAGUGGCAUGGUACUCAAAACAUGGCAGUAGGACUUGGCACAAAAGGAGUAUGUCGUGCACAUAAAUUUAGUCACCUGUCUGAAAGACAAAUUAGACACGUUAGUCCAUUCAGCACCUCAGGUGCUUGACACUUAAAACAAGUAUUUCACUGUGCAUAAAACACAGCCAUUUCUCAGUAUGUGGCCAUUUCUAAGUACCUUUGAGAAGUACUUCUUUUACUGCAGUGACCUAUUUGGUGCUGGCACUUUACAAAGCACUUAGUAACUUUUUGCUGUGGUAUUAUUUUAGCCAUCAGACAAAAUAAGAUUACUUCCCUUUUCAAUAUUUCCCAGAAGAACUGUAGUAAAGCCAAAGAAACCACUGUCAGUUAAAAUCUCUGAUUUUGGGACUGAUUCAUUGCUGCAUUUUCUUGCUUUGAUGGUGUCCUUGAAGCCUUUAGUGUUUCACGUACUAUCUGUGGAUAGAGGUCGCAAUUCUGCCGAUGUUCAAACAAAACCACUUUCAGUUAACUUUGUCAAUAGGUUAUGGCUUUCAAGGAGAGUGAUGUAACAUACUUGUGUUUUGCACUGACCACUAACACUAGAAAACAAGCUCCCCCUGUCUACUGCUGGUGAGAGAAGAGCCAAAGCAUUAAUUCCACAGCUUGAGUGACUUCAUUUCUGUGGACUUUUCCCCUUAAUCAUCUGCUGCAUUGAAGAUCUGUUUACUUCUUAACCACUUAUAGAGUGCUCCCCACCACUGUGUUCAGGAACUGAAUAACAGCCUGGAGAAGCCUGACAAUAUUACUGCAUCUGGAUUUAUCUCAGUUUCUACUUCAAACUGGGGCUAAGACCCCAUUUAAUGGGGAAGAGGAUUCACAUCUGCCUCAGGGGUCUGACUUUGGAGCUUUUUCCACUGACUAUGCAGAGGACUUUGGUUUCUCUGAGAUGCAUAGAAGUUCCGUGCCAAAUGAACAACCCCAGAGUCAGUUGCCUCAGUCCAGAGGGCGAUUUCUGUGCCAUAGUUGGAUUCAACCCAGAUUUCUUCAGUAAACCUAACAGGAUAAAGAACCUUUCUAUAUGUCAUAGGAAAUAAUGCAUUUUUAAUUGAGGCAAACUUGUUUUGUAAAAAAAUUAAAAGAAAUAAAAAAAAAAAAUAAAUUGCAGAAAUAGACACAGGUUGUAAAUUAGGACUUGUUUCUUUGGGUGUUUUUGUUUGUCUGUUUGGGUUUUUUUUUUAAUCCUAAUUCAAACUCAGGGAAUUCUCAGGUGUUGUUUAGGGACAAAGUGGUUCAUUGGUUCAUGAGGCUUCAGUUGUGAUUCCUACCAGGACCUUUAAGUCUGCUUUAGAUUUGUAUCAACCAGAUGUGCUUUGCUUUGCUGUGCUGAAAGGAAGCCUCUGUAGGAACCCAAGGUGGCUAAUUCAGCAGUUGUGAGGGUAUGUGGUAUGGCAAAAGCAUCAUGUUUAUUAAGCUUGAGCUAUUUCAAUAAACAUGAGACCUGCUUGGAGUUUGGAA